UCGCGGGACCGUAUAUGGUGACAGCGACGGCUCUGCUCGCGCCCGGCACUGCUGCGGGAAUGGCGGCACCUCCUGAGCGGAACGGCCGCGCUGAUGGCGCCGCCCCGGAGCCGUUCCGGACCGAACUGCGCGCACCGUCCGGGAAAGAAGGUAUCGGACCGAAAAUAAUUCUGGAAGCAGGGUUGGAAGGAAUCUUUUCCUGCAUCUUGUGUCAUGCCUCUUAACGAUGAGUCAUUACAGAGUUUCAGUGCCAAAGGUUAUCUGUCCUUCCAGGAGUUCAACCUGAAAUUCCUCGCUGGAAAUUUUGUUGUCUUGUGUCCUUUGUCAGUAGUACUGAAGAUUUGAUUGUUGCACAUCAAGAAGCAAGUUCUAUCACUUGUCCCUUGAGAUGCACUCUUAAUUAUGGCAAGUCUGAGGCACGUGUUGUCUUCCCACGUGUGGGCAGCCCAGAGCAUGGCUGGCCCGGGUGGCUGUCUCCAGCAGACCUUCUGUCUCUGUGGAUCAGAACGUGGUCCCAGAUGUCUCCAGUGCCUUGUGCUCCCACUGCUUCUCGACAGGCGAAGUCAGCAUCUACUGCCUAUGCUGAUGGAACUGCCAGUUUUAACAGAUUCAUCGUGUGAAUGCAGAUGGGUGAAAAACAGUCAAAAAUCUGUGAAGAAAAACUUUCAGAGUGAUGUUCAGUCAGAACUGGUAGAACUAUCAUUGCUUUUUACUUCAUUAUUCUUACGCAGUACCAAAGGAACUGAGUUUAACCGUGCUUUGCAAAGCAGUCAGGACUGAAAGUCUUACCUGCUCAUAGGAGGCUCCAAACCGGAAAAGGUCAUUAACAGGCGGAAUGGUCUGAUUUCAGCACUGCUAGUAACUGCUACAGAAGGAGGGAACCAGCAACUGCCAUAGCUGGCUCUUAUUACGAAGACACAGCAUCAGCUCCAGCUGGAGAGAGGCAGGAGAUUGCCAGCAGAGAAGGGCAGAAGGCACUCCAAGAGAUUCCAUUAAAAACUUCAUUAUUAUCCAAUGUUAUUUUCAUUAGCGAGGAGGAAAAGAUGGAUAUAUUUAGAGCACUUGGAAAUGAGACGCUGUUGUCCAAUUCCUCUGGUCCUGCUCGAUGGGAUCCCUUCCACCGUCCUUUGGACUCCAUCCAGCCCUGGCACUUCAGGCUUGUGGCAGCAGUGAUGUUCGUGGUGACCUCCCUGUCUCUUGCUGAGAACCUGGCUGUGAUCCUGGUAACUUUUAAGUUCAAGCAGCUGAGACGACCUGUCAAUUACGUUAUAGUGAAUUUAUCUGUGGCUGAUUUCCUGGUCUCACUGACUGGUGGCACCAUUAGCUUUUUAGCCAAUCUAAAAGGCUAUUUCUAUAUGGGGCACUGGGCUUGUGUACUGGAAGGAUUUGCUGUCACGUUUUUUGGCAUUGUGGCUCUCUGGUCUCUUGCUCUUCUGGCUUUUGAGCGGUAUGUCGUGAUCUGCCGCCCACUGGGAAAUAUGCACUUGAGAGGGAAGCAUGCUGCCCAGGGAAUUGCCUUUGUGUGGACCUUUUCCUUCGUUUGGACCAUUCCACCAACCAUGGGUUGGAGCAGCUACACCACCAGUAAGAUUGGGACUACCUGUGAGCCUAAUUGGUAUUCAGGAGCUUAUAAUGAUCGUUCCUACAUUAUUGCAUUCUUCACCACUUGUUUUAUAGUGCCUUUAUUGGUAAUUUUGGUAUCCUAUGGGAAACUGCUGCAGAAGCUAACAAAGGUGUCAGAUACACAAAGCAGGUUGAGAACUGCCAGGAAACCUGAAAGACAAGUGACUAGAAUGGUGGUUGUUAUGAUCAUUGCUUUUCUGAUCUGCUGGAUGCCAUAUGCCACCUUUUCUAUCCUAGUCACUGCAUACCCUUCCAUUGAACUGGAUCCUCAUCUGGCAGCAAUUCCAUCUUUCUUUUCCAAAACGGCUACUGUUUAUAAUCCAGUUAUUUAUGUGUUUAUGAACAAGCAGUUCAGGAAGUGCCUGAUACAGAUGUUCAGGUGUAGUGCCAUAGAGUCUGCAGAGUCCAACAUGAGCCCAACUUCAGAGAGAGCAACGCUCACCCCAGACAAAAGGGGCAGUCAGUUGUCGAUCAUGGCAGUACGAAGCACCAUUUCUUAGAGGAAAAAUGGAGAUGAACACAGAAACUGCAAUUCUUUUGCUCAGCUGACAGCUUCAGGAAACAAAAUCUGUCUCUUGCAAAAGGUAGAUAUGAUCGUUAAUGCAAUACAGCAGUGUGUUUCCUCGUUACCCCAUCACUUCAUACUAAAGAUGUCAUUGGGGCCAUUGUGCUCUGUCUCAUAGACACUAACUUUAAGAUUCUGAGCUCCCAAGUGCAUAUAAGAGCUGCUUGGCUGUGCAGUUGCAGUUGAAGACCAGCCAGAAAGUGAGUCCCUUUCUCUGUGUUUGUCUUAGCAAUCCUACUUGCUCCCUGGUGUAAAACAACGGAAGCCCAGCAUUAUUGUGCUGACACAUAAUACAGCAAAGAAAAGAGUUUCACUGAUGACUGCACCUUAGUCAGCUGGGCAAAAAUAUGAAGUGAUGCAUGGCUUCAGUACGUUAAUGGAAAAUGAGUAAUAUUUAGCACACAGCUGACUCAAGCUCAACCACACAGAGAUGCAUGGAGACACAGGCUUGAGUGCCUUUUGAUUUGUUUGGAAAUUUUUACUAAAAAAGCAGAGGAAGCAUGAGGUCUCUGCACUUAUGUCUAUCCCAGAUGAGAACCUCAUUCGGGCCACUAAAUUUUCCAACACCGUGGAUGAGCUAUGCAUACUUUCAAGGACUUUGUUAUUAAGAGCCAUUCAUAUUCUUUAUGUCCUCUGUGCCAAGAAAUCUGUACUAAUGGCAACUUUGAAAUAAAUCAACUAAUGCCAUCCUUUAGUGUGUGUGGGGGUGACAAUCUUGUACCUAUUUGUCAAU